CAAUUACGGGAAAAGGGGAGGAAUCAGAAGGCCCGACGAAGGCACGAAGCUCGACUUCCUCUUCCCCAAUCGCUGGCGACGAAGCUUGUCUUCGUCUUCCCCAGUAUUCACCGCCGCUCUAGCUUCCGAGCUCCUCAAAGUCGAGUAGCAGGUGCAGAGCAGCCGACCACCAGCAGCCCGCCUAGUGAAGUCGAUCAGCAACAGAUAGGG